AUGCUGUUGCAACGAAACGCCGUUCUCACCCUCCUCGCAUCUUCGGCGCUGGCUUAUGUCGUAGACUUAUCGCCAGACUCGCUUUCAGAGACCACAAUUUCUCGCUCGUUUGCUAAGAGACAGAGCCUGGGACGAAUUGUAGUUGUUGGCGGAAACAUUGGCAAAGCCAGCGAACACUACUGCAGCCAAUCGGAGGUAUCAAAGAUCGACUAUGACAUUUCUUGGAUGCGGAAACUUGCAGCCUCUGCUUUCAACUUUUUACUGAAGGACAAAUCCGAAACAACUGCAGCGUAUAUUGCAUGGUUUGGAGCUAAUAACGCAAAUCGAGAGACAGCCAAUUCCAUUAGAAGGAAUGUCUACAACAGUAUAUGGGAUCUCGGCGAUGAAACCAAAGCAUACGUAUCCGAUCUAGACUCCGGCAGUGAUGCUGUAGUGAUAGGCUGCCCCAGCCUGAGAGAAGAACCGGGAUGCGACGGCACCAUGGCUUUGGCUGGAAAUGAAGGUGGCUACGUAAAGUUGUGCCCCUUGUACUUUCAAUCGCCCAGCGACUACGAGGAACUAUUCAGAAGCUGGAGAAUGUGGCGCACUCGUCGUCUCACUGGCGGAGAAACAUUACUACAUGAAAUGACCCACCUUGCUGGAGUGGUUGGGUCAUCAUGGAGAGCCACUGAUGUAGCUUAUGAAGAAGACAAAUGCUUGCUUCUAGAUGACUCAGACAUGAUCCGGAAUGCUGAUAACUUCAUGUUCUUUGCCCUUGAAGUGAAAGCCAAUCCUGACAAUGCUGCAAAGCAAGUUGAUAUGGAUGCAGACGAGCCAAAGUAUAAAAUAGCAAGGAGAUUGUUGGCGGAUGGGUCAGGAUCUGGUGGGGCUGGCAGUUCUCAGGUCGCCCCUGGAAUGUGGGUUGGAAACCAUUUCGUAUAUGGUCAACCUGGUGUAUAUGGAUAUCCUCAAUGGCCUCCACCUUGGUGCUAA